AUGCCCGGUAUGACAUUGACAGUGCUCUCUCACCAAGACGUUCGUACACUAUUGUUCCAACUUACCAAGCAAGAUAUCCUUGACUUGCAACAAAGUCUUGCGGAUGCGUUGCAUUGCUACUCCACAAACACCGAGGAUGAUGGCAAUGAUUGGGGUGGGAGUGUAGGAGUAGCUGGGAUGAAGAUGAAGAGAAAAGACGGAGGGGUAGUGUCUGUCACGCCUUCGAGUAGCGACGACAGAUUCGGAGUCAAGAUAACCAGUCUCUUGAAUGAGAAAAUGAAGCGUUUGGGGUCCUCAGAUACAGACUUUGCAACUUCAUCGCUGGAAUCUCUUAGGCUUUCAAAAGACUCUUCGUCGUCAAACACCACCACGACCACCACUUCCGGGUCUCAGGCCUCCGCAGCAUCAGCAAAAAGUAGCCUUACCCUGUUCUCGGAAACCGGUACUGCCCGCGCCUUUGUCAAUACCAUGGAAAUAACCGCCUUCCGCACCGCCCUGGCAAGCACAAUGCUCUUUAAGAAACGCGCAAACGUCCACGACGUCGUCGUCUUCGGGGCCGGCAGACAAGCCUACUGGCACAUACGACUCGCGCUCCUCCUCCGAGGCGAAGACAUCCACCACCUAAACAUCAUAAACCGCGAUUUCGAGCACGUACACCACUUACUACAGGAACUGUACAAUCCACACGAAGCACCCACGGCGUUCGUUGCGGACCCUUCACAUGUACCUACGUAUCGCCAGGCAGGAGAAGACCAUAAAGAGCAACUUGCCCGUCCAAAGAUACAAAUCCUGACGCCCUCGCAUAGCGAGUACACGCGUCUCUUGCAUGCUACGCUCCGCUCUUCCAGCGUGAUAUUCCUCUGCACACAGAGCCCAGUGCCUCUCUUCCCUGCCGCGACCCUCACUAACCCUGAAGGCCGCAAAAAGGGUCGCUACAUCGCUGCCAUCGGCUCCCUGUCGCCAGAACACACUGAACUACACCCAGAUAUCCUGCGCCAAAACGUUGCACCCGAGCACGCACAUCGCCACUUUCACAAGCACGCGCAACAGGGCGGUGCUGUUGUGGUGGAUAGUCUGGAUAACUGUCUCAGGGAUGCUGGGGAGCUGGUACAGGCGCGCUUGGGACCGGAGCAAGUUGUUGAGCUGGGCGAGCUGGUUAUGUUGAAGAGGGAUGCGGAGAAGAGGCGGAGGGACUGCGUGGCGAGGAGUACGACGAUGCAUGAUGAGGGUUUGGAUGGCGGGGGUGUGGAGCUGGGUGAGUGUGAGUUCGAGACCAAGACGAAGAAGAAGAAGGGCUUGUUGGGGCUAGGCGGCGACAAGGGCAAGGAGAAGAAAGAUCAUGAGAGUAAGGAUAAGGCGCAUAAGAGUUUGAUUGAGUGGCUGGUUAAGGGCAACGUCAUCUAUAAGAGCGUGGGUCUGGGGCUUAUGGAUGUUGUGGUGGGGAAUGAUCUGGUCAAAUUGGCUGAUGAGCGAGGCAUUGGAACGAGGAUCGAAAACUUUUAG